GGUAUUGUGGUUAACUGCUACAACAGCAAUCAUCAUCAUCAUCAUCAUUAUCAUGGUCGUCAUGUCACCACGCAGUUUGUUGCGUGCUUUACCUAUGUUUCGAGAAAGACCAAUUUAACCUUAAUGAGUCUCGAGUGUAUGAAGGGACAUUGCUUAUGGAAGGCACAGCCCAAACAUGACAUCGGCUACUUUCUGCCGGGGAAGCAGCCAAUGUGCGUGAUUUCUAGGUUGUUUCCCAACAAUAAUGUUUUCAUGAAACCAAGGACACUUCAAUCAAUGGUAAAUCAGUUCCACCACCAAAUUUGUGUGGUAUUCACACUUUGGUGUCCAGUACGUCUCCCAGGCGACUGGCAUUCUAAUUCAGGCUAGCUUUCACUCGUCGAUUUUGAACCAGGCUAGGCCAAGACCUCGGAUUGUUCCAUCCACAUUGGAAUAGCUCUAAACCUCGGGGAGGCGAGAGAGCCAUUUGCAGUAGUAUUGAAGAUUAUGUUUCCCUCUUCUAAUGAGAAGGAUGCUGUUGCUUUGAAAUGGAGAGAACGUCAAAAUUCUGAUCAGAAACUGGAUCUGACAGUUACAUGUUAUUUCUGUUCCAAAAAAGGCAAAUCUUUCUUGCGGGUUCACACGAGCAUGAAACCAUUUUCGAAUACGCGGUGAUCAUCCAGGAACUCUAGCCACAAACAGCAGUGUCAGUGACAACAAAUUAUCUCCGGCUCGUAUUUUGCCGUUCCUUGGUUUUAAAUCCGUAUUCUGUGGCCCUUGCCUGUAAUGACAUGCUUGAGACUUUUCCUUCCCAAUUCCUAGUGUGGAUAUCCUGUUCCUUUGAAACCAAUUCCAGGCAAACCUCGGGUUUCCUUAACAAGGCGGGACGAACCUCUGUGCUCCAAAUGUUGCUCCCCUCGAUUCUCUGAGCUUGGGUGAGCACAAGGGCUGGUUGGUAAUCGUGUCCACGUGAGACGCAAAUAAGUAGUCAUUUGGACAUUUCCCCCUAAGUUUCCCUUCGGAUUGCCAGUUGCGUUCCAAAUCUCGUGUGAGCUUGAUUCCAAAGAGGUUUUUUUGUAGAUUGGAUCAAGCCACCUACUUACUCAUACAGACUAGCAUUCGAAUGCUCCCAGUUUGAAUGAAUAGCCACCAAAACUGAGAGAGCUAUGAAAAGGUCAGAUCAAACAUCAGCUCGAUCGAGUGGGCCCCCAAAAGUGAACAAGAAGAUUCUUUUGAGCGAGGAGAUGGAAGUGACACUCAAACGGAUUCAAGAGUCCAAGAACGUGAUUGGUGUGAUAGUGAUCAAUUCGGAAGGCAUGCCCGUGAAAUCAUCCUUGGACAGCACACUCACCGUUCAGUAUGCGGACUUGAUCUCACAAUUGUGUCAACAAGCGCAGUCUGUGAUCAGAGCCUUGGACCCGACCAACGAUCUCGACUAUUUCCGCGUGAAAAGCAAGAAGUACGAAAUUCUGAUUGCUCCGGAUUCCAGCUACGUUCUGAUUGUCCUCCAAAAUCCCAUUGUCGAGGAAUUGAAUGUGAAAUGACUUUUGGUGGAAGGGCAAUGAAUAAAUAAUGAAAUGUAUUUCC